CAAUCCCCACCCCUGCCGGGUCUCCCCGCCCCUCCCGGCACAUGAACAGGGUUAGCCCCGCCCCCCCCACACCACGUGUCCGGUACGGCGCUUCCCAGGCAAAGCGCACACAUGGCUGCGGGUACUGCGGUGCUACUGCUGGAGGAUGGAACCCGGGUAUCCGGAACCGUGUUCGGGGCGGUGCGUCCGGUGUCCGGGGAAGUGGUGUUCCAGACGGGCAUGGUGGGCUACCCCGAGGCCCUCACCGACCCCUCCUACAGGGCCCAGAUCCUGGUACUGACAUAUCCGCUGAUUGGGAACUACGGGAUCCCGCAGGAUGAACUGGACCAGUUUGGCCUCAGUCGGUGGUUCGAGUCCAGCAAGAUUCACGCCUCGGCGCUGAUUAUUGGGGAGCGGUCCCGGAACCCCAGUCACUGGAGCUGUGACAUCUCAUUGAACCAGUGGCUCAAACAGCAGGGAAUCCCCGGACUGGAAGGUGUGGAUACCCGGGCACUCACCAAGAAGAUCCGAGAGAAGGGCACCCUGCUGGGCAAGCUCAUACCAGUGGGCACAGAGGAGAGCCAGGUCCCUUAUGAAGAUCCUGCCAAGAGGAACCUGGUUCAGGAGGUGUCAUUGAAGGAGCCCCGAGUGUACAAUGCGGGGGGCACAGUGAGAAUCGCUGCCCUGGACUGUGGUUUGAAGUUCAACCAGAUUCGCUGCCUGUGCCAGAGGGGGGCCGAGGUGACGGUGCUGCCAUGGGACUAUCCAAUCAGCAGUGCAGAGUGUGACGGCCUGUUCCUCAGUAACGGCCCCGGGGACCCCACGUUCUGUCAGAGCUCCGUGCGGAACAUCAGGGACUUCAUUUCCGAGGAGAAGCCGAAACCCGUGUUUGGGAUCUGUCUGGGCCACCAGAUCCUCUCUCUGGUUAUAGGCGCCCACACCUACAAGAUGAAGUACGGGAAUCGUGGGCACAACCAGCCGUGCAUCCAUGAGAGCUCUCGGCGCUGCUUCAUAACCUCACAGAACCAUGGAUACGCCGUGGACCCAAACACUUUACCGGAAGGCUGGUCUCCUCUGUUCACGAAUGCCAACGACCAAUCAAAUGAGGGAAUUAUCCAUGAUUCUAAGCCCUUUUUCAGUGUGCAGUUCCACCCCGAGCACUGUGCUGGGCCCAUGGAUCUGGUCGGCCUGUUUGAUGUGUUCCUGGACACUGUGAGAGACCGGAAGGCUGGAGAUUCAGGAGAGAAGACGGUUAAACAGCGAGUGACUGAGCUGCUCACAUACAAGGAGUCUCCCAGUGUCACAGACCUAGAGGCCUCUCGCCCACACAAAGUGCUGAUCCUGGGCUCAGGGGGGCUGUCGAUUGGCCAGGCCGGGGAGUUCGACUACUCUGGCUCCCAGGCCAUCAAAGCUCUGAAGGAAGAGAACAUCCAGACUGUCCUGAUUAACCCCAACAUCGCCACAGUGCAGACAUCGAAAGGCCUCGCCGACAAGGUUUAUUUCCUGCCAAUCACCCCUGAAUAUGUCACUCAGGUGAUAAAGAAUGAGCGGCCAGAUGGGAUCCUCCUGACGUUUGGGGGUCAGACUGCAUUGAACUGUGGGGUGGAGCUGACCAAGCAGGGAGUCCUAGAGAAGUACAAUGUGCGGGUUCUGGGGACCCCUGUGAAGUCCAUUGAAAUGACGGAAGAUCGCAAAGUGUUUGUGGAGAAGAUGGAGGAGAUUGGAGAACACGUGGCCCCCAGUGAGGCAGCUUUCUCCUUAGAGCAGGCCCAGGCUGCUGCAGAACGUCUCGGGUAUCCGGUUUUGGUCCGGUCGGCCUACGCGCUGGGCGGCCUUGGAUCUGGAUUUGCCAGUACCAAGGAGGAGUUGACUGCCCUGGUGUGCCAGGCCUUCGCCCACACCACACAGGUCCUGGUGGAUAAAUCCCUGAAGGGCUGGAAGGAGAUAGAGUACGAAGUCGUGCGGGACGCCUAUAAUAACUGUGUCACGGUGUGCAACAUGGAGAACGUAGAUCCCCUGGGCAUUCACACUGGCGAGUCCAUCGUGGUAGCUCCCAGCCAGACGCUGAACGAUCGAGAGUACAACAUGCUGCGCAACACGGCCAUUAAGGUUAUCCAGCACCUCGGCAUUGUGGGCGAGUGUAACAUACAGUACGCCCUAAACCCGGAGUCUGAGCAGUAUUACAUCAUCGAGGUGAACGCACGGCUGUCUCGCAGCUCAGCCCUGGCGAGUAAAGCAACUGGUUACCCCCUGGCGUAUGUGGCUGCCAAGCUGGCACUGGGAAUUCCUCUGCCCGUUCUCAGAAACUCCGUGACCAACUCCACCACAGCCAACUUUGAGCCCAGCCUGGAUUACUGUGUGGUGAAGGUUCCGCGCUGGGACCUGAGCAAGUUCUUGCGAGUCAGCACCAAGAUUGGCAGCUCCAUGAAGAGUGUGGGGGAGGUCAUGUCUGUUGGUAGGAACUUUGAAGAAGCCUUCCAGAAAGCUCUGCGCAUGGUGGACGAGAACUGCGUGGGCUUUGAUCACUGCAUCAAAUCCGCAUCUGAUGAGGAACUGGAGACGCCGACAGACAAGAGGAUCUUCGUUCUGGCCGCUGCCCUGCGUGCAGGUUACACUAUCGAGCGCCUUUAUGAGUUGACCAAGAUUGACAGGUGGUUCCUCCAUAAGAUGAAGAAUAUUACUGAUCAGGUGGCCACGCUGGAGUCCUACCACCAGGAUGAGACCUUGAUGCCCCGUGAGGUCCUUCUCCGAGCCAAACAGCUGGGCUUCUCCGACAAGCAGAUUGCCCUGGCCGUGCAGAGCACGGAGCUGGCAGUCCGCAAGAUGCGGCAGGAGCUGCUGAUUUUGCCGGUAGUAAAGCAGAUUGACACGGUGGCGGCGGAGUGGCCGGCUCAGACCAAUUACCUGUAUCUGACCUAUAAUGGAACUGAGCACGACUUGGCCUUUGAGGAGCCGCAUGUUAUGGUGAUUGGCUCUGGUGUUUACCGAAUAGGCAGCAGUGUGGAGUUUGAUUGGUGCGCGGUGGGCUGCAUCCAGGAACUGCGUAAGAUGGGAUUUAAGACCAUCAUGGUGAAUUAUAACCCCGAGACUGUCAGCACAGACUAUGACAUGUGUGACCGCCUGUAUUUUGACGAGAUCUCAUUUGAGGUGGUGAUGGAUAUCUAUGAGCUGGAGAACCCAGAGGGAAUCAUACUGUCCAUGGGUGGCCAGCUGCCCAAUAAUAUUGCCAUGUCCCUACAUCGCCAGCAGUGCCGGGUGCUGGGCACUUCUCCUGAGGCCAUCGACUCCGCUGAGAACAGGUUUAAGUUUUCUCGCAUGUUGGACACGAUCGGAAUCAGUCAGCCGCAGUGGAAAGAGCUGUCUGACAUGGAGUCGGCCGUUCAGUUCUGUAACACCGUCGGUUUCCCCUGCGUGGUGCGCCCAUCCUACGUGCUAAGUGGAGCCGCCAUGAAUGUGGCCCAUUCAGAUGGAGACCUGGAGAAGGUGCUCAGUAACGCUGUGGCUGUGUCCAAGGAGCAUCCCGUGGUCAUCUCUAAAUUCAUCCAGGAGGCCAAGGAAAUUGAUGUGGAUGCUGUGGCAUGUGAUGGAGUUGUUGUGGCCGUGGCUAUUUCAGAACAUGUGGAGAAUGCUGGGGUUCACUCUGGGGAUGCCACACUGGUGACCCCUGCUCAGGAUAUCACCCCCAAAACCUUGGAAAGGAUUAAAGCCAUUGUCCAUGCUGUGGGGCUGGAGCUCCAAGUCAACGGACCCUUUAACCUGCAGCUCAUUGCAAAGGACGACCAGCUGAAAGUGAUCGAGUGCAAUGUCCGUGUGUCGCGCUCCUUUCCCUUUGUAUCGAAGACUCUGGGAGUCAAUCUAGUCGCUCUGGCAACGCAAGUCAUUAUGGGAGAAGAGGUUGAACCUGUUGGUGUGAUGACUGGUACUGGCAUUGUAGGGGUUAAGGUCCCACAGUUCUCGUUCUCACGCUUGGCCGGCGCGGACGUGGUCCUUGGGGUGGAGAUGACCAGCACCGGGGAGGUUGCCUGCUUUGGAGAGAACCGAUACGAGGCCUAUCUAAAAGCCAUGCUAAGUACCGGCUUCAAAAUUCCACAGAAGAACAUCCUACUGACCAUCGGGAGCUACAAGAACAAGAGUGAGCUGCUGCCCACGGUGCGAGCCAUGGAGAGUCUUGGCUACAGUCUGUAUGCCAGCCUGGGAACUGCUGACUUCUAUACGGAGCAUGGCAUCAAGGUAAAGGCAAUGGAUUGGCCCUUUGAGGAGAGUGAGAAUGACGGGCCCCUACGGGAGAAGCAGGGCAGCAUCAUGGACCAUCUGUCAGAGAAUCACUUUGAUUUGGUCAUUAAUUUGUCCAUGCGGAAUUCUGGGGGGCGCCGACUCUCCUCCUUCGUUACCCGUGGGUACCGUGCCCGCCGCUUGGCUGUGGACUAUUCUGUGCCCCUCAUCAUUGAUAUCAAGUGCACCAAACUCUUUGUGGAGGCUCUGCGUCAGAUUGGGGGGGCGCCCCCUGUGAAGACUCAUGUCGACUGUAUGACCUCACAGAAACUUAUCAGGCUGCCAGGCCUAGUGGACAUCCACGUGCACCUGCGGGAACCUGGCGCUACUCAUAAGGAGGACUUUUCUUCUGGCACAGCAGCUGCCCUGGCUGGUGGAAUUACCCUUGUAUGUGCCAUGCCCAACACCAGCCCAGCCAUCACUGAUGCCAGUUCCUUCUCUCUGGCACAGAAGCUGGCAGAGGCCGGUGCCCGCUGUGACUUUGCCCUCUUCCUCGGUGCUUCCUCAGAGAAUGCCGCUUCUCUUUCUUCGAUGGCCAGUUCAGCCGCCGGCCUUAAGAUGUAUCUGAACGACACCUAUUCGCAGCUUAAGAUGGACAAUGUUUCUGUGUGGAUGGAGCACUUUGAGAAGUGGCCGGCACACAUGCCCAUUGUGGCCCAUGCAGAGAAACAGACCGUGGCGGCAAUUCUCAUGGUGGCUCAGCUGUACCAGCGCCCUGUGCACAUUUGCCACGUUGCAAAAAAAGAGGAGAUCCUUAUUAUCAAAGCAGCCAAGCAGAAGGGAAUCCAAGUUACAUGCGAGGUGGCCCCUCAUCACCUUUUCCUGUGUCUCGAUGAUCUGAAGAAAAUCGGGGAGACACGGGGGCAAGUACGUCCCAUGUUGGGGACUCGGGAGGAUCUAGAAUCUCUGUGGGAGAACUUGGAUAUAAUAGACUGUUUUGCCACUGACCACGCCCCUCACUCUGUGGAGGAGAAGGACGGUCCAAACCCACCUCCAGGGUAUCCCGGCUUGGAGACCAUGCUGCCUCUGCUACUCACAGCAGUCAGUGAGGGACGUCUGACUAUUGAUGAUAUCAUUAAGCGCCUGUACGACAACCCCCAGAAGAUCUUCUCUUUGCCUGUGCAGGAGAACACCUAUGUCGAGGUGGAUUUGGAGCAAGAGUGGGUGAUCCCGUCACACAUGCAGUUUACCAAGUCCAGAUGGAGCCCCUUUGCUGGAAUGAAGGUGAAAGGAGCAGUGCGGCGAGUUGUUCUCCGUGGGGAGGUGGCCUACAUUGAUGGGCAGGUACUGGUACCCAUGGGAUAUGGACAGGAUGUCAGGAAAUGGACCCCACCUGUUGUUGCCCAAUCUCACCCAGUCGCCAUUAAAGAGAUCCCUAAGACCCCAGAGCGACAUCGCCAUGUUACGGUACAAAGUGAGACGAUUCGCAGUCGAGCACCAAGCCCCCGCAGACCCUGUCAGUCCGGAGACGGGCGCUUCCACUUGCCUCCUCGAGUGCAUCGUGCAUCAGAUCCUGGCUUCCCAGCUGAGGAGCAGAAAGAGAAGGCACCCAAGAGACCCGUGGAGCCAGAGCUGGUACCCAUUCAGGAUGGCUAUUCCCACCCUCCUCCCAUCCCCAGGAUUAUGUCUCCCCAGAGUACGUCCAUGCAAAGUGCCCCCCACGUGCAGACCUCACCCCUGUUGCACCCGUUGAUUGGCCAACACAUCCUGACGGUUAAACAGUUCAGCAAAGACCAGAUGUCGCAUCUGUUCAACGUGGCGCACACGCUGCGCAUGCUGGUGCAGAAGGAGAGGAACCUUGAUAUCCUAAAGGGCAAGGUGAUGGCCUCCAUGUUUUUUGAGGCAAGCACACGGACAAGCAGCUCUUUUGCUGCAGCUAUGCAACGCCUUGGGGGCUCUGUGCUCAGUUUCUGUGAGACAACCUCCUCUUCUCAAAAAGGAGAGUCCCUCACCGACUCUGUUCAGACAAUGAGCUGCUAUUCGGAUGUCCUUGUGGUGAGACACCCAGAGCCUGGAGCUGUGGAGCUUGCUGCCAAGCACUGCCGGAAGCCUGUGAUAAAUGCUGGGGAUGGCGUCGGCGAGCACCCCACUCAGGCCCUACUGGACAUUUUCACAAUCCGUGAAGAGCUGGGCACAGUCAAUGGAAUGAUAAUAACGAUGGUGGGAGAUCUGAAACAUGGCCGGACAGUUCAUUCCCUCGCCUGCCUCUUAACACAGUACCGUGUGACCUUGAGAUACGUGACUCCCCGCAGCCUCCGUAUGCCCUCCAACAUCAUACACUUUGUAGCCUCCAAGGGCAUUAAGCAGGAAGAGUUUGAGAGCAUUGAAGAGGCUCUGCCAGAUACAGAUGUGUUGUAUAUGACCCGAAUACAAAAGGAGAGAUUUAAUUCUACUGACGAAUACAAUGCUUGCUUUGGCCAGUUUAUCCUGACGCCGCACAUCAUGACCAGGGCCAAGAAGAAAAUGGUGGUAAUGCAUCCGAUGCCUCGUGUGAAUGAGAUCAGCUUUGAAGUGGAUUCCGACCCUCGGGCAGCUUACUUUCGCCAGGCUGAGAAUGGCAUGUAUAUCCGCAUGGCUCUGCUAGCAACGGUUUUGGGAAAAUACUAGUUGCCGUCAUCUCCACCAAGUAUAGCUCUUACCCUUCGACCUUCUAAUGCUGAGCAAUAGCAACAACCUGAGUAACUGAAAGAGGACCAAACCGAUACCCCUGAACUUAGUCUGGUGACUGUCCAGUGGAAAAACUAGCAACACCAGUGACCCUGAUGGGGAAGAAUCAAUUCAGUGUCACUAUUAACAUGACAGUAUCUGUAUGAGUCCUGUAGGGCACUGCUUAAUCUUAGGAGUGUCGUAUGGCUUCAAUGUCACCCAGUUUUCAACUGUGCUUUAGCUCAAAGGCUAUCUGCAGUAGUAAAGGUAGAAUAAGUUGCUAAGCUCAGCCGUGUAUCAUUCAAACAUUCCCCUUCAGAUACCCACCGAGCAGUAAAGCACAAGUGCACGUGGGCGCCGGUAGCUCCACUAAUUCUAGAGCGCUGUUCGUAUCAAUUUCUGUAUCAGCUUGUUGAUACAUUCCCUGCAGUCUAGUGUUGUUGGCCUCUGUCCAGCAGGUCUGUGGUAAGAACAGCAUCUCUAGGCCUAUGUCCAUUAACCACUCCAGUCUUAUUUCAUGGGUUACAGCCAGAUGGUCUAAUAGACUGCACAGUAUAUGGGGCACUUUUACUAAGCAGCACAACUUCCACUUGGUUUGCUAGGUACCAACAUAGCUUCCAUGACCCUUUAGGGUGAUGCAGCCUCAGUUUAAUGUGUACACCACACACAAGGAGCUUUGAUGGUGACUUGCUAUUGUGUAGAACUGGCAUUUUCACUUGGUGGAGCCAAGAAAGGCACUUUCUUCCCACUAAUCUUCUUCUGCUUUGAGCAUUUGUGCUGAGAAAUGACUCCUGCAGGACACGAGCCGAGGCCUUCGGGAUUUCUGUGUUGCAGGAGUAGCUGCUAUGUAACUGCCAGUGUUGUAGGGACUCUAGACUUUAAUCAAAGCUUCGGUUUAGCUUGCUGCUGUAAUUGGGAAACAGGAUGAAGAGACGAUGAAGGGGGUUCUGGGUUGUUGGGUUUUAUAUUGUUACGGUGAAUGAAUUGCAACAGUUUUUUGUUCUGUUUCUUAAUAAAAUGAGAGGUAAAUGAUGAAA